AUGGUUCGAAAUUACAUACGUAAGACACCAAGACCGACUUACAGUGAAGACGAUGUAAGUAAAGCUCUUGAGAAAAUUGAAAACAAAGAAAUGACAUUGAGACAAUCUGCGG